AUGGGAUUCACAGACUUUGCCUCGGAAACUGGCCUCCACUUACUGAACAGCUGGUUGUCCACCCGCUCAUACAUCGUUGGAUACGCUCCUUCCCAAGCCGAUGUUGUCACGUUCAAGGCUAUCACCUCAGCACCAGAUGUCGCAAAUUACCCCCACGCAGCUAGAUGGUACAAGCACAUUGCCUCGUACUCCGGGGAGUUUGCCACCCUCCCAGGUGAUGCCUCAAGAGCGUACACUACAUAUGGCCCUGGAACCACAACCGCCACCUUGAACCCAGCAAAGGCCCCAGCUGCGGAGGAAGAGGAUGACGAGGUCGACCUGUUCGGUAGUGACGACGAGGAGGAGGACGCUGAGGCUGAACGCAUCAGAAAUGAGCGUUUGGCGGAAUACAAGAAGAAGAAGGAAGGCAAGGCCAAGGUGGCUGCGAAGUCUGUUGUCACCAUGGACGUCAAGCCUUGGGAUGAUGAGACAGAUAUGAAGGGCUUGGAGGAAUCCGUCCGUAGUAUCGAGAAGGACGGUCUCGUUUGGGGAGCUUCCAAACUUGUACCGGUCGGAUUCGGUAUUAAGAAGCUGCAGAUCAACCUGGUCAUCGAGGAUGACAAGAUUGGUCUUGAUGACUUGCAAGAGGAGAUUGCUGGUUUCGAGGACUAUGUUCAGUCAACUGAUAUUGCUGCCAUGCAAAAGCUAUAG